AAGGCGGCGCGGCGCCGCUCUCCUCUCGGCCGGGAAUCGGCCGCCGCCUUCCUUCCUAUUCCCUUGCCCUUCCCGAACGCGUCCCUCCCGACCCUCCCGCUUCCACAAGUUUUCCCUCCGACGACGGCCUCUGCCACCGCCGCCAAAAACUCCGCGCAGCCGACUCCGCGGACCGUCGGCCGCAAACUUCGCCGAGUUGGAGCAUGCGCAGAUUGGAGCGCGAAGGAGGAGGGCUCCCGAGCCGGCGGCGUCAGCUCGCUGCGCCCGGGGGGGAGGGCAGAGGGAACUGGCACUUCGCUGGGGAGGACCCGAGAGGAUGCAUGCAGAGAAGGGAAGUGAGCGGGAGAGGAGGUCAGGGGGAAAAAAAGGAAACGGAGGUGGACGCACGAAGCUGCACCCGAGGAACGGCAGAGAAAGGACGACAGAAAAAAAAUAACGAGGGUGGGGAAAGCCGACGAUUCCGUUCGAGGAUCAACAGCCAUCACCGGGCAACGCAUCUUUUUACGAAGGUUCGUGCAAAUGAGUGGCCGAGGACGUCGUAGGGGCACCGCGCAAGAAUUCCACGCCGCCGGGCAGUAGGGUCGGCUGCGGCGGGGGUGGGAGAGGCGAGGAGGAUCUCCUGUUCGCCUACAGUCGCGUGAUACGGACCCCGAAUCUCCCCCGGCCAGAGCCGCGAGUGCCUACAGCAGCGGGAGACACCUUGCAUCCCGUGUGCGACGUUGGAAGAAGCCGCGGGUUCUUCCUCGACGAACCUCGACAUACGCGUGAGCAACCGCACCUCACCACUGGGCAUCCACGAUGGAGCGCAGGAGCGCUGUGAGGAGUCGCCGACACCCGCUCUGCUCUGGAAGAUGAAUCUGCUUCCGACCUCGACAAUCUUCGAAACCUGAACUGUCCCCAGGAACCUGCCUUACGGGUCGUGGCGUGCCCAGCUCAGUUGGAAACUAAUCCCCGGCCAGGAAAGAAGCGGACAGGGAAUCCACUCGCACCCUGGGAAUAAAAUUGGGACACAGGCAUCUUCCUCGAGCUCUCUACAGGGAAAGGACCCAGUACAACCGGACGGACUAAGACUUCGUCGUUGACCUGUGCGUGGAGUUAGGGACUGAGAAAGAAACCUACAACAUGGCCGACCAGAUAAUCUACAAAGUGACGGGCUUCAUACAGAAAGCCCGGUCGUACAUGCCCGGAUCAUGCGGGGAAGACAACUCGGGAGAGCAGCUGCAUUUCGCCAAGCAAGGGAACGACACCGAACUCUCAAAUUUUCAGGGCCUCGGUGCCGGCAGUGGAGAGGGGGGAGAGUACGCCGAGACGACGCUCACCGAGGGCGUCAACGGCCUGGCCCCGCAGAGGAGCGUCGACGUGGUCGACGAGUUCGGGGGACGGGAAGGCGAGAAGAUCUCCGAGUGGCAGGCGGGAUGGAACGUCACCAACGCCAUCCAGGGUAUGUUCAUCGUGAGCCUGCCUUACUCGGUGCUCCACGGUGGCUACUGGGGCAUUUUCGCCCUCGUCUUCGUCGCCUACAUGUGCUGCCACACGGGCAAGAUACUCGUGGACUGCCUCUACGAGCCGAAUGAGCGCGGAGAGCUCGUUCGAGUCCGGGACAGCUACGUCGCCGUGGCCCAGACGGUGCUGGGCCCCCGGUGGGGCGGCAAAGCCGUCAACAUCGCCCAGAUCAUCGAACUGCUCAUGACCUGCAUCCUGUACGUGGUGCUCUGCGGAGACCUCAUGAUCGGCUCCUUCCCCGAAGGCGCCGUCGACCAGCGGUCCUGGAUCAUGCUCACCACCAUAGUCUUGCUUCCGUGCGCCUUCCUCAAGAACCUGCGGUCCGUAUCCAUGCUGAGCUUCUGGUGCACCGUCACUCACCUCUUCAUCAACGUCAUCAUUCUCGGCUUCUGCCUGAGCCGAGCCUCCGAAUGGGCCUGGGCCAAGGUCCAGUUUCGCAUCAACAUCAACAAGUUCCCGGUCACGAUGGGCAUCGUCGUCUUCAGCUACACGUCACAGAUCUUCCUGCCCACGCUCGAAGGGAACCUCGCGGACAAGACCAAGUUCCACUGCAUGCUCAACUGGAGCCACAUCGCGGCCGCCGUGUUCAAGGCGCUGUUCGCGUACGUCUGCUUCCUGACGUUUGCCGAGGAGACCCAGGAGGUCAUCACCAACAACCUGCCGACCAAGGGCUUCAAGAUAGUCGUCAACCUGAUCUUGGUCGCCAAGGCGCUCUUCUCCUUUCCGCUGCCAUACUUCGCCGCGUCAGCCCUGAUCGAGCACGCCUACUUCCGGGAGCGACCCAAGACCCUGUUCCCGUCCUGCUACGCCAUCGACGGCGAGCUGCGGGUGUGGGGACUGGCCCUGCGGGUAGGGCUCGUCAUAUUCACCAUGCUACUGGCCAUCUCGAUCCCGUACUUCGCCCUGCUCAUGGGUCUGAUCGGGAGCUUCACUGGAACCAUGCUGUCCUUCAUCUGGCCCUGCUACUUCCACAUGAAGCUCAAGUGGGACACCAUGGAGUGGUACUCCAUCAGCUGGGAGGUGUUCAUCAUGUGCUUCGGGGGCUUCUCUGGCCUCGUGGGCAUCUACACCUCGUUCGCAGGUCUUGUGGAGGCCUACCACCUUCCGCUGCCUCACGUGCCGGUCAUAGAAUCUUAGAACGUGCCUCGUUACUAAUAUCGCGCGCAGCGAUAAGGCUUUUCUUUCCUUCUAUUGUUGUUUGUAUGUGUGUUCCGUGAGUCUGAGUUGACAUGUUCAUGCAUGUUUGUGCGCAUUGCGAGAGAGGCUUUCCUUCCUGUGAAACGCCGAAACGGUACGGCACGGGAUAUAAAGAAAAAAUAACGGCCCUAGCGACUAAGCGAGCUUCCCUAGCUGGGUCGAUGAGGUUUCGUGAGCGAGAACCUCACGAAGACGUGCGUCUACAUCAAAGCUUGGCUCAGUAAGACUACUGUAGUCGCUGUAAACCUCUGAUAAGUGGUGCCAAACCGAUAAUCGUUUAGGGGAGUAGAACUAAUCAGCUACGUGGCACAAUCACUUUACGCACGCAGUCGAUAGGUUCGCAGCUACGGUAAGACUGAGUUAAGACACCCUCACGUUCGUUGGGACGAAGCGACCUUAAUUGCUCUUUUUUAUUAUUUCUGGUUUUAACAAUGCUGCUUACGCUAUGUUUUCAAGUGAAACCAGUAUAGUUUGAAGAAACGCACGAGUUACCGAACAAACCCGUGCUAGAGCACUCUGCUCUCUCAGACAUUAUUCCCGAAGAGGUAUACCUCCCAGCACCGUCAUCCAGUGCCUAGGCAAAAUAAGCAAGACGAAUUGUUUCGAAGGUUACGAAACAGGCUGAGUUUUGAGGCGACGAGUUUUAAGCAUUGAAACAUUGAUAUCCUGCUGAACCUUCGUCAGCUAAUUGUUAUUCUUGAACAGACUACGACUGUUUGCUGUAUCGUUUUCUUAAGCACGGUCGAGCAGGAAAUCAUCGCAACUGCAUGCAAUGUGCAGAUCGAAGCUACGCAACUCAUUUCGAAUGAGAUGGCAGUAAGUUAUGUCUGCCUAAAAUUUAUGCCGAUAUGUCUUCCACUGACUGUGCUUGUGGAUGUAAUCACUGAUUUAGCUAGCUACAAAGUGCACAUCGAAAAACGAAGCGGUCAGCCACAGGAAUAAGGCAGCACCCUCGCAUUGCCUGAAGCCCUGUGGACUUGAAUGUAUUGCCUGAAAAGGCAGAGCACUUGCAGAUUUACUGGAUUCUUUCGAAACGGCCAGUUUUGAUGGCCAGCACUUGCAUGCCAUCAAUGGGGCGAAGAAAAUGAGACGAUAACCAAGAUGUCCGUGAAUAUCAGCCAGGGAACACGCUCGAUAAUUUUAGUCCAGCCCAAGCACCAUCAAGUCACGAACGAACUUGAGAAGAUGUAAAGGACGGUUUCUCGGUCCGGCAUGAGCACUUUUGGCACACGGAGAUGUCCUCGUUAAGGUCUUGACAACGAGGAAUGAAUUUGUAGAGACGCAACGCCUUACUCAUGCACGAAAGUAGUCCCUGCGUAGUCCUUGCUGACCACCGCCUCAUGUUGCAGUUCGCGUCAGUAAGAAUUUCUUUUCUUCAGAAUCAUUCCAAAAGGCCUGUGACGACAUUUCGGCUAAAAAACUUUUUUGGUAUGCUACCAACUGUAAACGCGCAGUGAUGCUUUAUGAUGGCAUGAACAUUCAAUGCUUAAAAAAAUAUAGAAGGCGGAUAGAAAUAGCAAGGUAUAUGUUCUGCCUUUAUUUGGAGCACAUACUUCAAUUAAAGUGAAACUAAAUUUUAGUCUUCCAUGGAAUCUUUUAAGUGAAGUAAGCAUAUCCACAAACCAUCAUCUGUCUUUAAUGGUUGUGAAACUAUCACGUGCUUUGCGAGCAGGUAAAUGCGUUGAAUCUAGAAACAGGACUUUCAGAAACAAAAAAGAAAUACAUCCACACGCACAACGAAAAGGCUUUGCUGCGAAAUGAUGAUGACUGCCGAGUAAUGUUGAAUAACUUCUACGCUACUUUAAUAAAAGAAGAAAUGCGCUCAUUGCGUAAGCAGGCUUGGGGUACUUCAACACUUGCUGUAAGUCAUAUAAAGUUGGCAUACGAUGAAGAGAACUGCUAGCUCAAAGAUGAGUCUUCCAUUUUAACUAGAUGAUGCUGCAAAUACUUCUUUACGGACAACGUAGUUAACUCCAGGUUUCACAAAUAAUGGCGUAUCUAUACUUUCACAAAUAUCGGGAUAUCUACUCAGCGAAUAAAAACAUUAAAUUCCAUAUCUAACGGGCUUCGAAGCUGCAAUACUAAGCUGUGAGUUUAGAUUGCAUAAUUACUACAUAAAUAGCACGUCAGUUCUUUUCAGACGUACUUAGAUUCACAUGAAAACAGCUGGGCGUGUGGUAUGACAAACGCAAAGUCAGAAAGUCUUCCACGGAAACUGCUAUCGUCACAACAAGCAGUUUGUUGGAAGCAUUCUACAAUUUUUCAGAGUUGCACACUUUCGGUGCGCAGUGAACAAAUACGGCUAGGCGUUUGCUGAAACAAAGGCAAAGCCAGAGUCUUCCAACUGAGCAUUUAUCGUAUGAAGACUUGUACGCUUUCUAGAUUUCUACAGGUUUUCACAAUCUCUAUGUGAUGUGAACGAGAAAAAAAAACGGUUAGCGUACACUGAAACAAACGCAAUGUCAAAGAGUCUUCCACUGUAAAUUUCAAUGUCAAUGAACAGCUGCCUCCUACACAAUCUACAAUUCUUCAGAAUUGCACAUCUUUUGUGUGCUGUGAAGGAAACAAGUUAAAUGUGCUGCUAAAACAACCGCAGUCAAAGGAUCUUCCCCAAGAAGUUUCAUCGUCACAGCAAAAAAGUUAGUCAUACGUAUACCACAAUUCUUCAGGAUUGUACACUUUCGGUUUGCUGUGGACGAAAACUGCUAAGCGUAUGCUGAAGCCAAGGCAAAGUCAAAAGAGUCUUCCACCUAAACUUUUAUCGUCUCAAUGCCUGUACGUAUUCUACACUUCUACAAGAUUGUACUAUAUCUCUGUGUGCUUUUAACGAAAAAAAAAAGUUCGGCGUACGGCUGAAACGAAAGCAAAGUCAAAACGUCUUCCAUUGGAUAUUUCAUCGCUUUAACGGAUAGCUGUCGCCUACGCAUUCUGCAAUUCUUCAGAGUCGCACAGUCCGUGUGUGCUGCGAAGGAAAAUAUGUAAGCGUACCGCCAGAACAAAUGCAAAAUCAGAGUCUUCCACUUGAACGUUCAACGCCUCCACAAAGAGCUUCCCUGAGCGUUCUGCAAUCUUCGGGGUUGUACAAUUUUUGUGUGCUGUGAAUUCUAGCCAUCCAUUUAGCUAGCCUAUACAGAAUGACUCAUAUAUGACCAUGACUCAUCACCGCGGCUGCUAGUCAGUGUGGUUGUAGGAGUCUGGAUGUCUCUUAUACAGCCCCCUCCGUAGAUAGCCAUAAGGCGGCCUUCCCGCCUACAACACCGAGUCUUCCAAUUAAGGGGGAAAUUUUGUCAUCCACAGCAUGACAAAUGCACCCUGCUGAAGCCACUCUAUGUAUCUCACGGGUUUCCGCGUAUUUUAUUUGCAUAAUCGUUUUCCAGCCUUCAAGUGUGCGAGUAAGUGGUGCAGCAAUCAUUGAUAUGUGUCGAGUCAAAUUAGAAUCAAUGUGACGUAGGUUGUGUGCGGCGAGCAUAUUGUAUUCCGGGAUUUGCCACCCAAAAGAUUCCUGUCGUCCCUACCAUACUGUUUUCCCACAGAUGGGUGUUUAAAUGUGCAUACUUUUUAGGGCGUCAUUUACAAGAAGUGCUCAUUGUUGCGUAAAAUGUUGCAGUGAUCUUUCAACGCGUGACAAUAGUGAAGGCGAGAGCUGUUGUAAUGCUGUGAAACCUGCAAACAAAAGACAUACAUCGUAAGGAACUGCGAUCAAGUUACAGACUCGUCAUUUUACGUGUUUAUACAGAAAUAAGCAGCCAUGUUUCCGAAGAUGUGGCAAAGAACCUAGAAGACAAUUUUUUUCUUGAAGCGUUCACGACACUGAUGUUAAGGCUCCAGAAACAAGUAUAUACUUGCAGUUUACACAUAAAAAUCUUUCACUCGGACGUCACGAGUGUUGACUGCCUUGUUGUUAAUAUAUAAUAGAGAGUCACAUAUCAGACUGCGUUUUUGUUGAAGUUACUGGCGGAACAGCGAGCUGCGGUAUUGUGUAGAAACAUGCAGUUGCUCAUGUGUCAAGUGUUACUGAAGAUGUCUAUGCAGUGUUUCUUGAUCUGUUGCCGACAUAUCUUCUUAAGAACACUCACGUUCUAUUGAUAAUGUGUGAGAAAUCGUCGGAGCUUUAGUAGCUUACAUGCAAUGACGUGACUAACACCGCGUGUAUGCUGUGGGUGACGAAAUAUAUGUAAAUGUGCAUUAUUAAAAGCGCGAAAAACUCGGAUGUUGAAAGAGACAGCUACGGCGGGAACUAGGGAUGCCUUUUUUAUUAUUUACUGAUUUAUAACAAGUCAGAACACAUAAGUAAUCGGCGCGUCUAAGAGCUCCGACAUCUACUUAAUACAUGUGACUAAAAAAAAAAGAAAACUGGGCCGAAAUCAUUGGAGAUCAAUUGUAAAGGUCAAGCGAUAGCUUCUACGUCAACCUGCUGAGAUAAUACUGUUGGGGACACUUACUGGUUGGCACUAAUGGUUAAGUGCUAUGACGCGUGUGGGUACCGCGGCUUUUGCAUUGUCACCAGGAUUGGCUCGCAUGACAAAGCGUGUUAAAAACCCUUACGGGUACGCACCUCGCGCACUGGUGCCAGAAUCAGCCCACCGAAUCACCGUUUCUUUUUUAUUGCACCAUCUCUAGGAUCGGUCCAGCCAAUUGGUACAAU